AUGACGCCCGCCCUCUUCACGCCCAUCCAAGUGGGCCGCAUGAAUGUCAGCCACCGUAUCGUCCUCGCCCCCCUCACUCGUGUUCGCGCCUACCCCACCCACGUUCCCAGUCCCCAUGCAGCUACCUACUAUGCGCAGCGUGCAUCCGUCCCCGGAACACUCCUCGUCUCAGAGGCCACCUUCAUAUCUCGGGCUGCUGGCGGGAGGGAAUUCGUCCCAGGCAUCUACACGCAGGAACAGAUAGACGGAUGGGAAAAGGUCACGGAUGCCGUGCAUGAGAAGGGCAGCUUCAUUUUUUGCCAGCUGUGGGCACUUGGGAGGGCAGCAGUCCCGGAUGCCCUCCUCAAGGAGAAUAACUCCCCACUUGUAUCUGCCUCUCCCAUCCCACUUUCCAUCCGCCCUAACUCAGUCCCGCAUGCCCUCACAGAGCCAGAGAUAAAAACUUAUAUCGACGCUUAUGUUACUGGUGCCAGGAACGCUAUCGCAGCAGGCUUCGAUGGCGUCGAAAUCCAUGGUGCAAACGGAUACCUCAUCGAUCAGUUCUUGCAAGAGGUGAGCAAUACCCGAGAGGAUGAGUGGGGUGGGAGUAUCGAGAAGCGAGCGAGGUUUGCGAUUGAGGUUGUGGAUGCGGUAGUCAAGGAGGUCGGCACUGAGAGGGUCAGUAUUAGGUUGAGCCCAUGGAGUCCAUUUCAAGACAUGGGAUCUGCCAACCCAAUCCCACAAUUCUCCUACCUCGUACGCGAGCUCCGAAAGCACAACCUCGCCUACCUCCACAUCACAGAACCACGCGUCGGCGGCAACAUAGACGUGGACGCACCACCGCAGAGUAGCAACGACUUUCUGCGACAAAUAUGGUGCAAGGAGGGAAAGAAUGGCGUGUUUAUUAGUGCAGGUGGGUACACACGACAGACUGCGAUAGAGACAGCACAAGAGAAGGGGGACAUGAUAGCAUUUGGCAGGUUGUAUAUUCCGAAUCCUGACCUCCCUGCCCGACUCAUGUACGACCUGCCGCUUGCUAAACCCGACCGCGCAACAUUUUACCUCGCUGGCGAUCUCACUGAGAAGGGAUACGUUGAUUUUCCAGCUGCAGAUAUACCAACAGAACGGAAGGUGUGA